AGAUCUCCACGGAGAUAGAGAACGAGGGGGAGAAGAGAGGGAUAGAUGAGUGGUGCCGUAGCUGCAGCGUUGUCGACGACGACCUCGUCGCCGGGAGGCCACAACGUGUUCGUAUAUGGGAGCUUGCUCGCCGACGAGGUCGUGCGUGUGCUCCUUAAGCGCGUUCCUCUUUGCUGUAACGGCACACUCAUUGGCUUUCACAGGUUUAGUAUUAAGGGGCGUGUUUAUCCUGCAAUUCUUCCAGUGGAAAAUAGAAAGGUUACUGGCAAGGUUCUCCUGGGAAUAACAGAUGUUGAGUUAGAUGUCUUGGAUACAUUUGAAGAUGUUGAGUAUGAGAGGCGCACCGUUGAGAUAAAUUUACAUGAUACUUCAGAGAAAUUACUUGCGGAAACCUAUGUGUGGGGAAACAAAGAUGAUCCUGAAUUGUACGAUGACUGGGACUUUGAGGUAUGGAAGCAAUUGCACAUGAAGGAUUUCCUAGCAAUGACGACAAUGUUUGCAAAUGACCUUGAACAACCUGAAACAAAGACGCGAGUUUCUACGUACGAAUCUUAUUAUCAGAAAGAUUGAAACCAUUCGCAGAACAUUUCAUAAUGCCAUUCUUUGUUAGUGGCUUGCAGUACAUUGUCUGUUAUUUAGAUGAAUAGUUGAAUAAUGCAAAACGUGGGGAAACCCAUUCCAAGUAAAAAAUAUUUUUCCUCAUAUGACACUGCAAUGUUAGGAAGAUUAAUUGACAAUGCUAGCGUUCUUUUCUA